CUUGGAUCUAAUAAAUGCAAUGAGACAUGAAUUUGAUGGAAAAUGACAUGUUCUUUCACAAACUGUAAACUUAAGAUAAUAGGUGUCAUUUGACAAAGUUGUACAGCAAGAAUGACAACAAUCAAUCGGUGACAAUUACUACAGAACUGCACAACCAUAUAUGUGAAAUACAGGAUGCUAAGAUUGCCUCCAGUGAUGCAUCAAUGCAUCAUUCUCCUAAUCUUAGCCCCCACCACCAUCGCAUUCAAGAACAAGAACAACCAAAUCAAGACUGUGUAUCGGAAAGAUGGUGAUAUCACAAUAGGUGCAAUAUUUCCAAUCCACCUAAGCACACCUGAUCGCCAAUGCAGUGAUAAAUUGCUUGUGUUUGGAAGAGGGGCAGGCGCUAUUGAGUUUGUUGAGGCUAUGGAGUUUGUUAUCAAUAAAAUCAACAGAAAUGACUCCAUUCUACCAAAUGUGACCCUGGGAUUGGUCGUCCUUGAUGAUUGUUUUUCACCCUUUUCUACAUACCAGGCACUCCAGAUUGGACGUACCCAUGAGGUAACCCCAAAUCCAGAUGAAUAUGAUGAAAUGCAAGGAGUACGAAACAUAACAGCCGUAAUCUCAGGGCCAACUAGCUCAGCUUCAAUGCUCAUAACUCAGAUGCUAGAAGUAUUCCAGGUCCCCACCAUUGGACAUGCAUCUACAAGCGAUCAACUCAGUGAUAAAAAACGGUUUCCAUACUUUUUGAGAAUAACACCACCAGAUAGUUUUCAGGCUUGGGCAAUUGUUGACAUAAUCUCAUACUUUAACUGGACAUAUGUAUCUGUUAUAUACCAAGAUGAUGACUAUGGCAUUAAUCUACUGAAGAACAUUGUUAGACUGACAGAUGAAAGGGGUAUCUGUAUUGCGAAUGAGAAUCCCCUCACAGACCACAGCACUGAAGAUGAUAUUGAUAAAGUCUUCAACAAUAUCAAUGAUGCUAAUGUUGAGAUUGUAAUCAUGGUGGCCUUCUCAACUGUCAUCAGGACAACCUUCAAACAAGCUAUCUCCAGAGAGAUGUAUGGAAAAGUGUGGAUACUGGGGGAUGCUGGCUUCAAAGUGUUCCACAAUACAGGCUUCGAAAAGAUAGCAGCCAGUAGCAUUAUGGUGUCUCUUUAUUCAACAAUAGAUGAAGAAUUUGAAGAGUUUCAGAACAAUCUUACCCCUGCUAACAAUCAAGAUAACCCAUGGUAUCCAGAAUUAUGGGAGAGUUACCAUGGGUGUCAAUGGGUGAACAGCAGCACUGAUUCAUACUGUGAGAACUAUGGAAGCAUCAAUUAUCCCAUCACUAACAACAAUAUCUACUCCCUUACCAUGGAUGCCCUGAACAGUGUUGCUAAUGGUCUCAACAAUCUGAUCAGUAAAGUCUGCCCUGAAGUAUUCACAAACACAGAGCACCUAAAGACAUGUCUAUCAGAUGGUGCUAGGGUCUUAAAGUACAUACAAAAUGUCAACUUUCAUGGGAUCACUGGACAUAUUCAGUUUGAUCGCAAUGGCGAUGGCUACCUUAGAUACAAGGUCAACCAAAUCCAAUUUAAUGGUCCACAGUACGUCUUAGCUGAAAUAGGUUAUUGGGAUCGAGAUGAGGGUUUGUCGCUUCAAGUGAAAGAACAAUGGAUAGAUGUGGAGAAUAAAACAGAGAUAGAGAUUGUGAGUGAUGCCCCAAGAGCUAUCUGUAGUGAACCAUGUCUCAAAGGACAGUACAUGAUAAAGAAGACUCUCCAUUGUUGCUGGGACUGCCACACAUGUAGAGGCAAUGAGAUUGUUAUCAACAAUUCUAAAUGUGAACAAUGUCCUGACAAUCAAUGGCCAGAUCAGACAACGUAUGAGUUCUGUCGACCAAUCAUACCAGAAUUCUUAAAACUGGAUGAUGUUAUAUCAAUCUGUUUGCUAUUCUUUGCCUCAGUGGGACUUUUCGGAUGCAUCACUGCACUCUCACUCAUGGUUAAAUACAGGAAGGAAAAACUGAUCAAAGCAUCAAGUCGUGAACUCCUAGCUGUUACCCUGUGUGGAACAAUACUCAAUUUCCUCACAGUGUUUUUCAUUGUGGCCAAACCGACUACUUGGUCAUGUGUGAUGUACCAGAAUGGCUUCUACCUAAGUGGGUCUCUCAUCUAUGUCCCUCUGCUCAUCAAGGCUAACAGGGUCUUUAGGAUCUUCAGCCUCUCCAUGAAAACCACUAAGAAACCAAGAUUUGUGGCCUCUAAGUGGCAGCUCAUCUUUUGCUCCAUCUUACUAGGAAUACAGGUGAUCCUGAUGCUGAUAUGUGGUGUCUUGUCACGCGCCAAGGUGACCCUCAGAAUGCCCAUGGCCCUAGAGAACUACACAGAACUGAUCUGCCACCAGCCUGUAAGAUUGUUCAUGGUACCACUUAUCUACAACAUUUUGCUCAUCUUGGGCUGUGUUUACUUUGGUGUGAAGACUCGUAAGUUGCCAGACAAUUUCAAUGAGUCUAAAUUCAUUGUAUUCAGUGCUAGCACUACCUUCUUAAUAUGGUGCUCAUUUAUUCCUACUUAUUUUCUGGCAUUCUACUCAUACCAACGUGUGGUUCUCCUCUCCAUAGCUUUACUCCUUAAUGGCUUUGUUACCUUGUUGUGUUUGUACACCCCUAAACUAUAUGCUGUUGUCUUUGUGGAGGAGGACAAACAGAUGGUUCAUAUGGUCCCACAGACCUCAAAUCCUAUACAGGUGCAGCCUAUAAAUCCAGAUGAGAGAAGUGGAAAUGUCUUACAUCCAGUAGGGGUCUAUCAUCUACAUCCUGGCAAUCAUACUAAUAGGACAAUGCUAUCUGUUUCAUCAUAGGUGAAUGAGAAAUCAUCAUAGGUAAACUUGAUGUUAUCAUAGGUAAAUAAGUGAACAGAAAAUCAUCAUAAAUGAACAUGAUAUCAUCAUAGAUUAAAAAGGCAGCAUCAAUUGUGAAACUGAUGUUAUAGGGGAGCUAGAAAUCCUCAUUGAUAGGUAAACUUAUUGUCAGAUGUCUGGUUAAUAUGUAUAUCUGUACAUGUAUGUAUGAGCACCUUAUACUGAUGGGUAAAUCAUGAUUUUAUCAUUAAGUCUGUCAUAUUAAUGGGGUAAUAAAAUUACUUAUGGAUCAUUAAAUUGAAUGGAAAUAUUAUAUUCUCAUAUAUAUAUAUAUAUAUAGAUUUACUUUUCCAUUGUUUUGUAUAAAUAUUGCAACAUCAAAUCUGCACUAAACAUAAAAAAUAUAAUAUAUUUAUCAUAUGAUCUGUAUAAUGAAGUCUUCUGAUUGGUCAGUUCUUGUGCUGUACCAAUCGGUAUUGCUACUGAGAUUGUCCGCAUUUAUCAUCUCCAUCGCAAUACAGACAAGGCAUUAAAAUGACAAAAUGUCACCACCUAGUGGCUCACAAUAUUAGUUCAAUCUAAAGUCAGAUUUGAAUUUCUGAGAACUCUGUGUAUGAUUUUGAAAA